AUGGAAGAGUUGCAAACCUAUGGAAGUUCAAACUCAAGCAAUGGUGACAACCAAAUCAGUGAUGAGAAGGUUUUCGACAACAAAGAUGAAUUGCUCACUUGGAUACGUGACAUUGGAAGGAGAAAUGGCAUUGUUAUAAUUAUAAGGACGUCGGACUAUGGUGGCAGUCAUAAGAGACCAAGAAUUUAUCUUGCUUGUGAGUGGAGUGGGACGUAUAGAUUGCGUAAAAAGUUGAAAAAUGGCCCAAAAGACUUAUUGAGACAAACUGGUACGAAGAAGUGCGAAUGUCCAUUUGAUUUGAGGGCAUUCAAGUUGAAAACAAACGAUGAAUUGACAUUGAAUGAAGUUUGCGGGCUGCAUAAUCAUCCAGCUGCGGAGCAUCUCCAAGGACAUUCAUAUGCAAGGAGAUUGUCAGCUAAUGAAAAGUCACUAUUAGUUGAUAUGUCAAAGAGCCUAGUAAGACCAAAAGAGAUACUCAUUACACUCAAACAGAGGGAUGCCCUUAAUAUGAGCACAAUGAAAACAGUUUACAAUGUACGACAUCGAUGUAAGGUUCUACAGAAAGCUGGUAGAUCCCAGAUGCAACAACUGCUGGGUGAAUUAGCGAAACAUAAGUACAUUGAGCGUCAUUAA